AUGGUGUCGGAGCCCGAGGAUUACGCGGAUUUCCGCAUUUUAGCGGCACGAUGUCCGUCGGGAAGCAAAAAGAAUUCAAUGUCGUUCGAUUCGACGAACGGGAUGACACGAUAUCGAUUUACGCUUGGCGAGGUGCUCUCAUGGAAUAUCGAUAUCGAUGUGAUUGUUGGGAACGGUUGGACGCGGAUUACGUUGCGCGAAAUCCCCCGAUUUCUGGUUGAUGCGCUGGACUUUAUCACAGCGAACGGAUUGCAAAUCGAUGGAAUAUUCCGGAAAGAGGGAAAUUCGGCGAGAUUAAAUCGACAAGAAGUCCUCGAAGUCUACCGUGGCGUUCGACAAAUCCCAUCCGACUUCACCGUUCUCGACGUGUGCACCAUGGUGAAACGAUUCCUGAAAGACCUUAAACCAACGCUUCUGAAUUCCGAAGAAGUCCGUUUGAAUAUCAUCCGAAAGGCAAAGAAGGCACGUCUGUCUGGAGAAUUUGAGCUGUCCCAUUUGGAAAUGGUCGAGAUUUUCGAGUCAGCAGGACGACAUCUCUCACCUUCGCAUCUGGGAACACUAGGAUAUGUCAUGAGACUAUUGAGCAGGAUCGCAAAACACUCGGAAACUCACAAAAUGACAGCUGAUAACCUGGCUGUGGUGCUGGUUGGCUCUGUUUUUGGAGAUUUUAUGGCUGGAGGGGGUACAGAGUCACGGAAGAAGAUGCAGCAGGCGAGGAAAUGUACAGAGGCGGAGUUGCAUGCGAAGAAGGAGGAUAUGGGGAUUCAGGUGGCAGCUGUAAAGCUGUUGAUAGUUAAUGCCAACCUAAUCGGUCUCCCUCACGGCCACUACGUCUCCAGCAAUCGUCUCCAUCUGAACAGCCACAUGAACAUUCGAAGCACCUCCGCGAUGCCCAACAUCCGAUGUUCGAGCCUAUCCGAAAACGAACAAUCCGCCCCGACGUCUUCAGCCACCACACCACGUGUAUUCAGUAUGGGCAAGGCGUCGUUGAUGCAUCAGAAUCAUCCAGCAUCCACAGGAUCGUCUCAAAUCCCUCCGAGGACCACGUUGACACGACGAGACUCCGAUUUGACGCAUGUGAAAGGGGUGAAUAAGCCGAGUAGCUCGACAGGGACAAAAAGAUCCUCAUCAUUCCUUCCGAUUCCAUCACUCCGAGGUCUUCGAGAUCGCGUCUCCAAUCAAUUUCUGAAACGAAACAAGAGCCCGAGUCCUGAUAAGGUACUCCGAAGACAAGCAUUCCAAAAAGUGGCAACAACGUCCUCUUCGAAUCUUCCACCUCCACCACCUCCGUCGCCUUUUCAUUCUACACCAGUCGCUGUUAGAAGACGUGUAGCUUCUGGAGUGGAUAGUGACGAUGACCGAAGAGAAGCGAAUCGAAGUAUUCAGAAGCAGGGAUCGACGUCUUCUGGGCGGAAGUCACGCACGCAUACCAAGAAGGGCAAUAUAAAUUCGUCGGCGAUGAAGAAUAAUUUCGAUUCCGAUAGUCAGAAGUCGUUUCAGAUGUCGCCGAAUCCGUUGGAGAAGAGAACCUCCAUCUCUUCUUCCUCAUCAACUCUCACAAAUCGCUCACUUCGCCGAAUCUCUCAAUCCGAUCAGAACAGCUUCCAACGUGGCGACGCUACGCCGCCGAAAAAGAAGAAAUCAGGGACCAACGGCGGAUUAACUCGAAGAAACACUGGCGAUGGCCUUCGAAAGGAUUUUCAUAAUCAUCGAAAUGUGACAAGACGGUCCACGUUUUGGGGUGUAGAUACUAUUGCUGAGGAGAAAGAGAAUCGGAGAAGUGUGUUGAUGGGAGUAGAUGAUUUGAAAAGUGAAGAGGAGGAUCCGAAGGAAAUGAUUAGUGUCAUGGAGGAUACGAUUGGACCGACCGGAGAAUCGGUGCUGGAAAUUAUGAACAGUCAAGCGCGUCAACGUCGAAUCGGCGUCGCCGAACGUCGCCAUCGCCGCCUAGCCGUCACGUCUUCUGGACCAUCGGAGAGUAUGAUGGUUCUCAAUGGAUCCAUCGCAACAUUCGAUAAGCUUCCACCGACACCAAAAGUUGAGAUCGCUAGUCCCAUAACUGCAAGUCCAAUCAUGAAGCAGCAGUCGCCGUCGAAAAGUCAACAAGAGUAUCCGCUGAUCUGUGAGACGCCGACUAGGAAGAAGGAGGAUCGUAAAGUUCGAUCUGUAAGUGUUUUUGAACCUCUUUCAAAGUGGCUGCGUCGAAAAACGGAUUUUCAGAUUAUGUCAGCGGCGAAAUCGAAGAUCGGACAACAGCUGGAACGAGAGAUGAAACAGAGGCUUGACGUGGUGGCCACACCGAUGCUCAGCCGCCGGACAGCUUCUGAAUCCGUCGCUCAUCGAAAUUAUCCACAAGAGACGCCACUCUCAGCGAUUCCGUUGAGAAAACUUGAUAGUAUUGGGAUCCAACAACACGGUCAUGUAUGGGUUGGAAAGACGCAAACCGUCGUUUCAUCGCCGAUUCAAACUCAACGAAGCCAGGUGGAGAAGGCGAUUGAGGCCGAAAAAGUGUCGCCGAUUCUGGCUCGCUCUCCGCUAUUCCGAUCGCCGUCGACAGCGCCACCGGCAAGACCAGAGGGAAAAUUAUCGCCGUUUUUCGGGUUCCGAUCAAGAUCGCAUUUGACAGAGGAUCAGCUGGAUCAAGAGUACGCUGGCCUGGCUACACCGCCUCGUGACCGACGCCUUCUGAGUAGUAGCCGUCCUCCCCCAGCCCGAUCGAAUCUCAUCUACUCGUCACCAACAAUGAAACAGCAACAAGCAUCAACAGAACACCUAACCCAAAAUCAACCAUCACCAUCCUUAACCAGAUCAUCGUCGUUGAUGAUUGGCUCGCCUAGACCGACCGUCAUGUCUCCAUUGGUUCCAGCUGACGACGAUUCUCAGAACUUCAAAUGUCCAUUUUUGCCACCAAUGAGAUCUCACGAGACUCAGAAGGAGCCGCCAAAAGAGCAGAAGUAUUCUCAUCAAAGCACGCCAAUACCGGUUCGGAAAACUUCCAGAACCCAAAUCUCUACGGAUCCGAAUAGCAGUAUGGAAUUUGGAGAUUUCAAUGAGAUUGUCAAAAAUUCCACGGAGGAUACUAAUUUUCCAAUUCCACACCAACCGGUCGAGGCACGUCCAUCUGUAACUGCGCUUCGUAGCUCUGCCUGCGGCCUUGUUCAAUCUCGAAUCAAUCAUUUUCAAACCAUCGAACGAAGCAUUUCUCAUCGUCGAACCUCGGCGGAUCUCUCCACUUCUGGAGGCCGCCCAUCGACGACGUCACUCAAAAGUAUCGAUACGACGAAUUCAUCUUCUGGAAAACUCUAA